GCUUUGUUUUUAACAUGCAGAUGCUGUGUGCAACAUGUCCCCCCGAGUUGCUGGCGUUCUUGACGACUGUAACGUAGAGUAUAGUUGGGAGAAUGAAGACACCAGUCCUAUGAACAACGCCGUCGUCAACCAAACAUCUCCCUGGGUCUAUCAGACAUCUUCAGCGCUAAACGGCUACCCAUUCUGGGGUAGCUUUGCUCUGUAUGCAGGCGGUGGCUAUGUAGCAGAACUCAGCACCAACCCAGCAGAAAGCGUCGCCAUUAUCCAGGACUUGAAGAACAACAUGUGGAUCGACGACAACACGCGCACCGUUCUCGUCGAGUUCACCAUUUACAACGCUUACGUCAACCUGUUUUCGGUGGUGACACUCGCCCUUGAGCUGCCCGUGUCGGGAGGCGUGUUUCCGCGGGCAGACAUCCAGACUGUACGCCUGUACAACUACACGUCCCAGUACACGCUCUACAUCAUGGCGUGUGAGAUUCUCUACGUCAUCAUGCUGCUCUUCUACCUGUACCGGGAAGUGAAAGAGCUUCGCCAGAAGAAAUGUAAGUAUUUCGGUGAAUUCUGGAACUGGGUGGAGUUGGCGGUGGCCUGGCUGUCUGUGUGUGCCGUCUGUCUGUUCGCGUGGCGCAUGGUCAUUACUGACAGGAUAACGGCCUAUCGCAGGAGCAACCCCGGCAGAUUCGUUAACUACAGUGAAGCGGCGUUCUGGGACGCUGUGUACGGGUACGUCAUCGCCAUCAUCGUCACUCUCGUCAUCGCAAAGUUUGUCAAGCUUCUCCGCUUCAACCGUCGGAUGUCGCUUAUCGGUGACACUAUCAAACACGCCGCACCAAAAGUGUUGGGUUUCAUCGUGAUCUACAUCGUUGUCAUCAUGGCGUUCGCACAAGCUUUGUUCUUCGUCCUCGGAAACACGUCAGCUAGCUUCGGCACAUUCCUGGCCUGCCUGAAGACGUUGUGGAACAUCCAGUUGGGAGAGUUUGACUUCAGCGAGUUCUGGGACGGACACUGGUUCCUUGGGCCGGCGAUCUGGUUCACGUACGUGGUGACGUCCAGCUGCAUCCUCGUCUUCACCUUUGUGGCGAUCCUGAUGGACAGCUUCGAGAGCGUUAAAGCCAACAUCGAGAAACAGUCAAACGACCACGAGAUUGUGGACUUCAUGGUGAAGCAAUUCAAGGACUACAUAGGCUGGAAAAAGGAGAAAAACAAACGUAAUGCCAUCUUACCUUCCCCACGCACGCGGAGCUCUGAUGACCUGAUAGAAGAAGAUACACGCCAGAUGACCAAGAGCCGCGACAGUUGGACAGACUUCAAAACUCAGGAAAAGGAACAAGUACAAACUUCCGCAGAGAACGGAGACAAGAACAUGAAAGAUCCAUUCUAUUGCAUAUUGUAGACGUACCAUUUGACGUUUGAGUCAAGAAUGGCUAAUUUUUGCGUGAUGUUUGUGUGCUGUAUAUAAACUACAUAAUAUGGAACACUUACUGUAGUAUAGUAGUAAUGGGAUUUCAUAAGGCUUUUCACUAAUAUGAUUGAUGUCUGCCUGUUUGAAGUAACAAUCAAUGCAUCAGUUAUUGAUUAAACAUUAGAAAGGACUCUAAUUUUGUAAGUACUCAGUCUAGAAGUCUGGUACAUUUUGUAAAAAGUAUAUAUUUAAGGUACAUUUAAAGUACAUUUAACUAGAAAACCCAGUUGAACAUGUCAAAGUCACUAACAUAUAAUAAUCGUAUUCACUCAUGCUAUUGCAUAGGAGCAAUGUCACCUUAGGUAAAACAAUAUGGGUGACAUUUGCAUACGAUCUUUAUAAGUUAGCCACUUUGACAUGUUCAACCGUUUUUUUAGUACUCGUAAUGACUUGUUCUGCCAGUUCAUUCUACUUCUUAAGAAGAGUAACGGAUGCCACUCGCAACGUCCGGAGUAAUCUCCGGUUUUUAUAGUGUGAAUAAAUCAUACAUUUUAGCACCGCCUACUACCUUUAGAAACAAAAGCACGUAAGGUUAUUAAAGUGUGUGUUUGUUUGUGCGUGUGUGUAUGUUACAUGUAUAAUCAUGAUAGCAAAGGGGAAUCAAACACAAUAUCGACUUUCAUGGUUUGGUUAUGAUUAAACAUCACUAAAAGACA